AUGAACAAUCAUAUUGUAUUCUUCGAUAAUUUUUACACAUCCCUGCCAUUGGUAAAUUAUUUGAAUAAACAGGGUAUACAAUGUGUCGGAACUAUUCAGCAAAACAGGCUACCGAAUUGUCGACUCCCUGACAAAAAGGAACUUAUGAAAACAUCUAUUCCAAGAGGUACAUAUGAGGAACGCGUUUCCCAUUCAGAUGGAGUAGACUUUUCGGCCACUGCGUGGAAAGAUAAUAAAGUCGUCACUCUUUUAUCGACUUACGUUGGCGCCGAGCCUGUUGGAAAAGUAUCAAGAUACGAUAAGAAGGCUAAACAAAAAAUUGAGAUCCCUUGUCCCAAAAUUGUGCAAGAGUACAAUAUGCAUAUGGGCGGAGUCGAUCUAAUGGAUAGCUUUUUAGGACGCUAUCGGAUUCGAAUAAAGAGUCGAAAAUGGUACUUACGCUUGUUUUAUCAUCUACUGGACCUCACUACAAUCAACUCAUGGGUGCUUAUGAAAAAAAAUCUAAUUGCUAAAGGUGUCUCAAAAAAGCAACUGCCUAAUCUUGGGGAGUUUCGUAAUUGUUUGGCUGACGCACUGUGUAACAUAGAAGGUAAAAAUAAGAAAAAGACUGAUAAUCAAGUGACUGAAAAAGGUAAAAAACAAAUAAGGAAACCUGGAAAUAAGACUGCAAAGAAGAUUAAAAAGACAACAGACAAGGAAAAUCUGCAGAAAAAGCGUCAAACCAAAAGGUGCAAAAAUGAAACAGAAUCGGAAGAUAGUUCAUCCCAAGUAGAGGAUGACUGUGCUUGCAUCUAUUGUGGGUACUUAUACUCAGAUUCAACGAAAGGUUGGGUCAUCUGCGGCGCAUGCCACGGUUGGGCGCAUAAUUCAUGUGCCGGAGUAGAUGAGGAAGACGAAGAGGCACACAUUUGUGAACGCUGUCUACCCGAUUAA